CACUGAAAUACGUCAUCACAAGAUGGUGACUGGCUGGAUACGGCUGUGUAGCCAGCGGUCACCACAGCGCUUCUCGCUAUCGACUGCACUGAUUUCUAGCCAACUCUCCAGGGUAACGACAUUUUCUGCUGCACAUGGUCGGUAGCCAUAGGACUGCUGGGUGUUCAGGAGAAUGGACGUUUCCUGGCGGGAGAAAUGUUGUGAUAACGUGAGGCGGACGCUGGGUAGGCAUAUGCUUAGCGCGGGAGGAAGGGAAACGCCAAGCGACUUCGUGAGGUGAAGUAGAGUGCACCACAAUGCCUGGGAAAACGAGAGGCCUUCCAGACAGUUUCUCGUGUCCAUGUUCCGUAAAGGACCAAUGCAUGGAUAUUCCAGAACCCUGGAUGGAAAGGCUUUUGCCUUAUACAGACUUGCUUAAAGGCGUCGAGUGGCAAGAUUCCAAUGGCCGUGUUUUCUUCCUGGAUGACCACGGCGUGUUUAGGCCUUUUAGCUGGGACAGGCUGGCUAGUGGAGAGAUGUGCGAUUGGAGAGAGCUGGAAGGGUUGCCCUACAAUAUUGGGGAGAUCCUGCAGCAGUUCACAUCCAUGCCCCUGGACCGCAUUCACCAUUAUGCUUACAUGGGGGAGUACCUGCGAGUCCUAUACGAUGAGAAGAAGCUUUUGGAUGUGCUUAUUCAUGUUGGCAACAAGGUAUUUGCCGCACAUCGAAUCGCCUUAGCGUGUCACAGCAUAUACUUUUCACGAGCCUUCAUACUGACCCACCACCACGACAACAAACUCUCUGAAGUGAUUCUUAACGGAAUUGACCCUGCUGCCUUUCAGACAAUUCUAAGUUUUGUUCCUAGGUUUAUCUACUCGGGUAUUCUUUACGUCAACGACUGCAAUGUCCAAAGCCUCUUGGCGGUGGCAGGGACGCUACAGAUCCCGGCAGUGUAUUUUCGAUGCCGAGAUUUUCUUGGCACACUAACUUUGGAGCCCAGUCCCCUGAGGGAAGUAAACCCCAACGCCAUACGAAUGAAGUACAGUCAUAUAAUCGACAACUUCGGGUACGCUGCCACCAUGGAUGUCUUUUAUGCCCUUCCGGUGGAUACUGUGGAGGUCAUCCUUGGGGAUGAUAACAUAAAGGUGUCCAGCGAGAUGGAGGUGUUUGAUGCGGUGAUGAACUGGAUCGGCUAUGAGCCGGGGCUGCGACGCAGGCACAUGGACCGCCUGAUGCAGAAAGUGCGCUUCCCUUGCAUGUCGUGCGAAGAGGUCAUCCAGUGCUCCCAGGCCAACGAUCAGGUCUCCUACUCCCCUGCACUUAAGAACAAGAUAAUGGAAGCUACCUGGAUCCUCACUCUCAGGAAGGUCAACUCUUACGAUCCUUUUCAUCUUCCAUGUCCUCAUCCUCGAAAAUGCUUCAGCGAAGGGCUGUACUCUUCGUCAAGCAAAAUUGUCAUCUCCGCUGUCAAAUCCCAGUACAGUGUUGGGGGCAUGCACGCCGAAUGUACUCUCUUUAGCAAGGCGGACGAAGAAAACAUCGUGUUCGCACCUCCUCUCUGUUCAACCUUUCGCGAGCCUUCUGGUCGCGACUUUACCGUUCCAUCUACACCUGUUACUGGCCCCAGUCUAUACCACCCCCCGCAGAGUCCUGUCAAGUCCGCACCCGAGAUAGUCGGGAACUAUGUAGAGAAUUCCGUAGCCCCACCGCUCUUGCAGAAGUCCUCCAGCAGUGGUGCACCGGCAUAUUUACAGUUUAAGGCUUCAGAACUCGUCUUAGAAACUCAACAGCAGGAGACACUUACUCCCAGCAGCAGUACUCCCAGCGUCAUGUCUGUUGCCAAUGAGGGAAAAAGUCGCAGAGAUAAAAGUCGCACAAAAGGCCAAACAUCCAAAGCUUCCGGCAUCUUUUCAAGAGCCGAGAGUAACCCCGAGAUUACAGUGGAACUACAGAUACAGGGAGAGAACAGCAAACUUCAGGGGAUUUCAGCCGGACUGACGAUCAGUCCCCCCGACAAAAGCAUUAACCGCGACAAGAAGAAGACGGAUUCCACACUGAUGCCUGGGGGCAGCUUGGACAACCGAAGAAGCCCUGGGCACUCGCCGGCAGGAGGCGAGACUUCGUCCAAAUCACCCCUGAACAAGACUGAGAGAGCGAGUUCUAGGAGUCGUGCCAAGGCCAAGAAAACCUCUACCAACUCGGGGUCACAGUCUCGGUUCCCAGGGCCGAUGUCCAAAGAAGGCGCCACCUCGCAGAUUUCCGAGAAGUUUUCCUCUGAGGUCUUUCAAUUUUCACAAGCCUCGAAGACUGACUCUGUGUUGCGAGGUUCUUCAUCUACGAGCUCUUCGCAAGACUUUCACCCAAAUCUCUUGCCACUAACUGUGGAGUCAUCUUCAUCUUCCACCCUGCCUCCCACUUCCCCUUUUUCUACCCCGUCGCCAACAGUGAUCCAGUUAAAGGAAGUGCCGCAGCCUUACUUGAAGUUCUACAUCAACGACGAGCAGGGUGAAGGACGAAUAACUGUAGUCAAAAGUAAUUCGAGUAGUACGUCUACGGUCAGCCUCCCUCCUGGGGUAGGAGACAUACUGGCAGUCGGCGGCUUCAUGGAAACAGAUGAUAAUGAGAGCGCAAGCCAGACUAGUCUAUACAAUGGAGACAAUCGAAAUUGGCAUAGGUUUUCCAACAUGCCCGAGACCAGAAUCAACUUCGCAGCUGCCUUUCUCAACGACGUGCUUUACGUCAUUGGCGGCUACGACCCGCAUGACAUGGACUGCAUGUGCCGUGCUGCUAGAGAUGUGUUCACUUUGACCUUAAGACUCAGAGUUUCAGCAAGCCCGGCUAACCUAAAACAACAAAGAACAUUUGGAGAACUACGAUUCUAUGGUACAGAAUGUGAAAGACUACCGACAACAGCUUUCGUAUUUCGCUCUAUAUAAUGCUAGGCCUGUGCUGGAGACUGCCGAGGUGUACGACCGGCUACAGGAAAGUGGUCCUUCAUCGCCCCUAUGACCUGCGCCAGGGUCAGCGCCUGUGCCGUGGGGUACGAGGGCAAGGUCAUAGUGGUCGGAGGGUAUGGAAGGGCGGACAACGAUUCGACUCCCUGCCCCGUGUUGGCGUCAACAGAGUUCUACGAUCCAAAGACCAAUUUGUGGCAGAGUAUGGGCCCCCUGCGGAUGCCGCGGGCCCAAGCGAGCAUGGUGCAGAUGAACCGGAAGCUCUUCCUGUGUGGUGGGGCGGCGCACGAUCCGUCCACUGGCAAGCUCAGCAGCAUUAAAUCCGUCGACAUCUACGACCCCGCUUCCGGCGUCUGGUCGCACCUGUCCGACCUCAAAACUGCGCGACAUAACGCCGGGGCAACGGUGAUAGGUCACAAGAUUUACGUGGUGGGGGGUAUAUCUGCCCACAACAAUGAAAUCCUCCGUUCAGUCGAGUGCUUUGAUACGGAAACAAAUACUUGGAUUACGUCAGUUCCAGACCUGCCAUUGGGAGCGAAAUCUUUGUCCUGCAUCGUGGUACCAGAAAUGAUGAAUUAUGCACAUUAAUUUAGCUCCAAGAAUGAAAUGUUCGUCCAACCAAGAAUUAAUGACAUUAUCUUUCUGGUGUAGUAUGCACUUUUAUUUGUGCUCUUGUUUACUUCUCUUUCAUAACAAAUAAUCUAUCGCCUGAUGCAUAGGACGUAUGUGAUGGUUAAUGUCUAGAAGUCAUUUCGUUUGAGUAUGAAAUACUGGCAUUUUACCUGACUGCUUGGCGUUAAAGCUCUAGUGGGGGAAGUGAGGUGCGCUACACGGGUGUCGAACCAGUAACCAUCUGUUCGGACACCAGUGCUCUAAGCGCUCGGCUAUCCACUUCCGCACUAUCAGCCAAGGUUUGCAGUAGCUGACGAGACAUUCUGUAACUAACAGCACAUCAUGUAACUGGUAACACUUUCUGUAACGUAUACUAUGUCCUGUAAUUAAUAUGACUUACUGUAAAUGACAAGACGUUCAUUAACUGAAAACUCACGUCAGUAAUUAACAACUCUGCCUUCCCCUCCUCCUGCCCAUAGCCCCCACACUUUCUCCGCUCUCUAGUACGUGUGUGUAAGUGUGCGCGUACGUACAGGUAGCCUCAUAUAUCGUUCACCUGGCAGUCUUGAGGACACCGGGUGCACCAAACCAUCGAUCAGGCAGGGGAGGGGUUGCGACACUCGUAUACAUACUCCUCCGUCGUAGAAGCAACUUUGCGUGUUUGUCGUCUGCUCUGGGCCCGUUGUCGUUGUCACCAUGCACUGUCUGCCAGGCAAUCAAGUGGUACCCGGAGCGAGGGUGUGCGCAAAGCUCCCGCGAGCUGUCUGGGUCACGUGACCAUACCCACGCGACUAACUGGAUUGGGACAGUUAACCUCCCACAGAGCUGCCUAGGCCGUGUCGUCAGUACUCGUUGUAACUCCAAUCUGGCUCUAAGUCCGGUUUUUUUUUUUUUUUCAUUUUUGUUUUUCCCUUUUAAGACUCAUUGAUUUGUAGAAACCGUUUGCUUGCUAUGAAUAGCACGGCUAUAAAUAUAUGUAAUAAUUUGUUAUUGCCUCUACAACGUCCUUUCUGGCGGUUGUUUCAUUAUUCAAGCUGACAUAAUACCCAAAUCUCUCUAUAAUCACAUUGCAUAAUCGUUUUUUCAUGUUCCAGGAAAACAUUACAAAUAUAUAUAUAUUAUUCACCUUCGAAAUUUCUUCCAGAGGCUAUGAAGGAUUGUGGCAAUGCUGCCUCAAGAAAUGCUUUUCUUGUAUCAAAUGAGCUCUGAAUAUAAAAACAGUCGGUGCUGAAGACACGAUCGGUAAUUCAAACCUACGAUGCCCCCACCCCACCACAUUGUCCUCGUCCUGCUUCAGUGAGUGAUUGAAUAAAAGGAGCGACUUGUAUUAGGGGCUUAUGAUCUCAGGUGGCGCACACAAUGUACUAAGCGCAAUGCUUCGUUUCCUAUUCUCUGUCUGACCUGGUGUUUCUUCAUACCUCUCUUCUUUAUAGUCAGGCAGUCCGCCUUAAUGGAUUUUCGACAAUGUGUAGAGCUGCAGGCUUACAAGCACCGGUAAUCUGUCGGUCGAAGAUUUCACACUACGGAGUCGCUUGACAACAUGUCACCCACGGUCUUCAAAAACAUUUCUUCAGACGAAUGUUUAAGGCAGUAUCUAACUUAAUUGUCAAGACAAUACUAAAAAAUAAAAAUUGGAAGCUAUUUAAGCAACUGUAGGGAACAAUAAUUAAGAUAACUUCUAAUUCUGCUUUGCAGUGUUUUGACACGCUAUUUUAUCCAUACUUUAUUGGCAACCAUAAGGUGUUGCCUCUGUCCAGUUGUUCCCCCAUCCGCUUUAUCAGAAGCCAUAAUCAAUGGUAAAAGGAAUAAACAAGAUUUUUUUGAAUUAUUACAUACAGAAGUGUGCAAAAAUAUAAUUAAUUAGUAAAUGAUUAAUAGACAGUCCGAAUGUAUUGCAUACGCAUGAUGAGUAUGUUUGUUGCACAGAUGUAAACUUGAUGACUGCGUAGUUCUGCUGGCAACAAGGCGCAUCAUCGGUAAACAAAAACUGCAUGAGAACUGCUGUAAUCUAAGUAUGAUGCUGCCUCUUUGCUCUUAGCAACACCUCACGACGUACCUGCAGUUACAACGCCGUAGUGUGCCAACCGUUCGAUUAGUUCUGACCACGUUAACGGCGCUGCUGCUGUCUUUCGGCAAAGCAGGUGACCUAGAGUAAAGUGGGAGAUACCUAGCCAGCUGGGGGGAUAUGGGAGGACAAGAGAGGGGUACAAGUGUGCGUGCCUAGGAACACCUCUGUCGGCGUCUUCAGGUGUGGGCUAGCGUGCACGCGUUCCUUGAAGAUCCUCGUUGGCGCGCGCAGUCUAGAUGACAUGUUGUAGUCACUAGUAUCUUUGCUACUAUCCUGUUCCAACACCCUCCUUCAGCUACCAACAACUGCACCGUCGUCAAAGCUGUAGGAACAGUUUUCUAGAGAAUUGAAACAAGUCCUGCCGCGGAAAGGGAUGGGGGAGAGCCGUUCCGCCAUUCGUGUGUACCUUGAUCGUUAUCUGCAGCGUCGCAAGGCUGAACAAAAUGGAAAAUCGAAGCAGCGAUUUAUGUCGAGGUGUGGAUAUUCUGUUUACUCUCCUUGUAACACCUUGAUAUGCUGAGGAAUGACUGAAUGGGUCACUGUGACUCGGCGACAUGUUUAUGCAAACACGGACAAUCACUUUAGUUCUUUAUUGGCGUUUUCUGUUUAAACUGUUUUUUGAGGAUCUACUGAUCAAAAAGAAAAGUAUUAGUAGACCUGUUCUGCGGGUGGUUACUUCAGACGUUCCGAGCCAAAGGUGAGCGAGAAACCUUGACGUCAGGUGAGAAACCUCAGUUCUACGCAAACAAGAGAAUACCAUCCGGACUAUUCACCUGUCGCCCCACAGGGAUCCGCUACGUGUUCAAUCGACAAUAGAACGCGUUAGUCAUAGAAGGCUGGCUAGAGUGUGCCUACAGUUGUGCCUGACAGUCUUUCAUUGCUCUGUGAACAGUCUUCUGGGUGACAUUAAAGUACAAAAUGAAAGGAUUUCCAACACAAAAAUGAAGACGUCUUCAAAGAAAAUGACAGAGUUUUGUUGAUGAUUUGUUUAAUGAUGGCGUAGCAGAACUUGUACCAAAAUCAAAGUGAGUGCGGAAUCGUGUUAGCAGACCUGAGUCUCCCCAUCUCUAAAGCACAAACUGUUUUGAUCUUCAAAACGGCAGUAAUGGGGCUGAAGGAUGUGCUUGAAACAGCAAAGCCGUCUGUUUCACAAAGACUAGAAUCUCCAAAGCAGGCGCAAAGAAAAUCACCUCCUUCACGAAGGAGGCAAGGAACAGCAACUUUGUUGAGGGACGUGGUCAAUGGCGAGCACGUAGAAGAGUGGGAGGAGGGGAUCAACAGUCCCCAGAUGCGGGGUGAUAGCCGCUCUGCUCCAGGAGGCGGCGUUUCUGUGACGGUCUUAACCCUGGACGGCAAUUUCUCUCUUCCAGCCCCCGGUGACCACGACAGCCAUCAGAAUAGGAACCUGGACCAUGAAGAAGAUCUUGUCGAGCUGAAACUGGUGAAGGAUUUUUACACCCGUCGAAAGUACGGGCGCCGUUACGGUCUGACGGACAGGUCCACGGAGAACAAGACUGUCCUAAGCCUAAGUCUGUUUGGCACGAAGUAUUUCAACAGCAACGACUCACCUUUUGAGGGCGUUCCCGGCAACAAAACCGCGUCCACGAUGAAAGCUGCUAACAAAGAUUCGAUCGGCAAUGCCUCUUCACAUCCUGGUCUGAAACAAUCGCUUCUCAAAACAGUCGACUGCGGCGUGUCAGGAGAGUCCAAGUUCAGCAGUUAUCUGUCUACGUCACUUCCUGGACUUACUUCCUUGCCUCGCAGUGGACGGAUACGGUCCGAUGAUCUGCUCCAGUUGACGCGGUUUGCUGGUUCACCCUCCCUCUUGCUGGGUGACUUUGGUUUUAACACGGCGCGCACGGACCAUCUCUCCGGCUACAAGCGGCUUACAGGGUCUUUGGAGAAAGAAGGGGUCGGGGACUUGCAGCUGCUGAAGGUCCUCCAACAGCAUGCUCAGCGUCAGAUCGUGGCCUGUCAAAACACUGGGUACUUCCACCGAGGAAGUCGCGCCGCUCAAAACGUGCUCAAUCUUCGCCAGACUUUCUUCCCCCGGGCUGACUCCUACCUCACGCGUUUCCUCCCCAUCGAAGGGAAGGGAGGUUGCCGAGAGAGGAUGGGAACCCCACCUGUGGUAGUUCUUGGCGAGGAAGAGCGGCGAAGACGAUUGGUUCAUCCUGGGCCCGGAGCGAGGCUGAGCGCGCCGAAGAUACCCGACAGGCAGCAGCAGGCUUCCCAUAGAGCUGCACUUCCGGCCAUCAGCGGAAGUUCAUUGACAGUCAUGCUUGCAGAAGGUCAUGGCGAAUGAGAGACUUGACAACUUCUCUGUGGUGGAAAAGUUUGAGGUUUAUCACACAGGAACUCCAUAUUGAGGGACUGUAACUCCAGGCGGUAUUGAGGAAACGAUGCUCUGACCGACGAAGACAGAGCUUUCGUGAAAAAAGAAGUGAACUGAAAUAAAUAUUGAGUGAAGAAAAGUGUAAUACUGCGGGACAGAAAGUGACUGCGUUUUUUGUGCUUGUUUUUUUUUUUUUUUUUUUUAACCGUGAAAAUAAGUCAAAAUCAUGACAGAGUGUUGAAGGUAUGUUUCAAGAAUCUUUGAACCGCGAACAUGCAGCAUGCUUUCGAGUUGCCGAUAUCACACAUCGGCAGGUAAGGUAAAAGAAAUCAUGCUAUUGUUUUAAACAGUUUAAUUUAUUGUAGACUUUUGAUAUUUAUCGUAAUUACUGAACAUAUUGAAAGACAUGAAAUGAACAGGUUCAACAAGCUUAAUACUUAGCAAACUGUAGACAAACGAGCUCUUCAGUUGUCAUGGAAAUCUCAGUGUUUUACAUCAAGCUCUGUGUCUUACUUGGAUUCAGCUGCUCUGAACACAGAUACCUUCAAAUGUUGUAAUGCCAAUUGUCUCACCCUUUCUAUCACUUUUUUGCCUAUUGAUUUGUUGUUAAUAGUUGUGAUAAUACUUGUUCACCUGUUUGUCUUCCUUUGCAGACUUAUGACAUUCUCCAUCCGUCCUCUUUGUUCCCCGAUUCCUCUUUGCGCCUUCUAUGUUUAUUGCUAUUACUUGUCUGCAAGGCUGUUUCUCCUUCCGUCAAUUGUAUUCUGUCCAUGUCUCCUUGUCUCAAGCAAUAAAAGCCUUCUCCUUCGUGAAUAAAUCACAUGUUUAUUAUUUAUUAUUGUAAUAAAACGUAAGUCUUGAUGCUCUCUUGGAAGGUUUUUAUCAUUCUCAUAACUGUAAUGUUUAUUUCUACCACAUGGAGUACACGUUUUGUAAAGAUUUCCUAAUCAUUUCGAAAAGACUCAUUAUGUGUGGCUUUAAAUGGCUUGCAGCAUGAAAUAUCGGUUUCUAAAGUCAUGUUUGUAAAGCUUCUGAUUAUGUGUCAGUUUAUGUGGACUUUGUCCCUUAUUUGAUGGGUGUUUGAUGGUAGUGGUGGUGGUGGGGUGUAGUGUGUGCAGCUAUCUGUAAUUCCAAAUGCCUUUCAUAGACUUUGAUGCUGUGCUCCGUUCUGUAUAACUAUAGCGUGUGUCUGUAAAUAAAAGAAAAUAUUCAAAUAGGAUUUCAAGAGUUUUUUUUUCAUAUUUGUUCCAAAAAUAGACUAACAUAGUUUGAGAAAGUAUAUGUAUCUUUAGGUUAUGGCUUCUUUCUGUUUCUUAAUCUGUCUGUGUAGAUCAUUCACUGUCUUGUUUUUCCGAUGUCCACAGGGCUAGCAAUUCAAAAUGUGGAAAUGCUUUUCACGCCACAGUUAUAUAAAAUCUUUUACAUCACGGGUGUAUACUAUGUUUGCCUCAUUUGCUCAAAUGUCGACCCAUAGUUGUACAAAAAAGGCCUACAGUUAAUCUACAGACACAUAACACUUGAUUACCCCAAAGCACACCUGGUUUGCACCUCGCGAAAAACUUGCUAACGGGUCAUAGUAUGUUAUGUAAUGAUCUGAUGUUCAGGUGUCACCGACAUGUUUCGUUAACAACAAAAGAGAUUUUACUAUUUGUGUUCCAACAGCGACUAAAGGGGACUAAACUUUCUCAGCAAUGUUACGAUGUUGGAAUAGAGGUAUCGUGUACAAUCCCAUAAUAUGAGUACAGUAAACACGAUGGGGUGUAAAGGUGUGUUCUGUUGAGAAAAUACUGUAAUGAACCGGUUAAAAUUAUGUCUGGCAGGUAAGGCUGUUGGCUUCGCGUGCUAACCAGCACCUAUCAACGGACAUGUUCGUAGAACGUUUCUAUUACCACUUACGAAUAAAAAUGGUUCUCUGUUUUAAAGUGUACAUCCAAGUGCUUUGCUGUGUGUGUGUGUGUUUUAUUCUUGCUCCGGGCGGUCCGGUGGCGCAACGUCAUCAGCGCCUGUCAUCAAUACAGUCGAGGUUGGCUGUCCUGGGUUCAGCUCUCGUCUAAGGCACGCGGUUAUUUCUCUGCAUGUGGCAUCCGUUUACAGGGCUGGCCGUCUUGUCGUGAUUUAGCUUUACUUGCUGGCUUGACAUAAAACACCAGUUCCCCUCCCCUUACACUCGAAUGAUGUGUUACUGAGCGGCCAUUUAAUUGGAUGAGAGAAAGACAUGGGAAACAACUCUCGAGAAAACUAAAGCGUAGCGUAACUUCCCC